AAACUACUACAGUACUACCCAGUACUUUCAGGCUUCAACUGAAAAACUUAAAGAGCAAACCGAGUGUUGAGAUGUCUGAUAACCCUUACGAAAGAGUGAAAGGUGGUCGUUUAACUUUCAAAGGUGGAAUUUCCGCCAUAGCCAGUGGCAGUAAAGCUAUCGAUAAGAAGAAAAAGAAGAAGAAAAACAAACAUCAAUCAGAUGUUGAUGUUCUUCAACAACCUACUGAUUCCCCUUCUAGUGAACUCAUUUACACCAUUGAUGCGGCUAAGAAGAUGAAAUAUGAGGAGCUUUUCCCUGUUGAGGCCAAAAAGUUUGGUUAUGAUCCUAAAGCUAAGUCCACUUCUUCCAUCUCUGUCGAACAAGCUCUUGAUGAUCGUGUUAAGAAGAAGGCUGAUCGUUAUUGUAAAUAGACCAUCAAGUGUUGAUGCGUGUCUUUCGGAAGGCUUGUUGAGGCUUUAUAUAGCAGAUUCACCUGGAUGUGCUUAUGUAUCAGCAACCUUAGCUAGUAGAGAAUACUCAAUAUGGAGGAGACACCGAAGCUUUAAUCAGCUUCUUUAGUUGAUUUAUAGAAACAAAUGUAGACAUUUCAUGCAACCGUCCAGUUCAUCAUGUAUUGUUAUAAGAAACGGCUCUCACUUUAUGGUUCAAAAUGAAUCAUUCGAUACAUUCGUAUCAUGAAAACUUUCAAAAAAAAGUGGUUGAAAUACGUUGGAUGAGGAUUCGAUUCAAUAUAAUACACAAAAUAAUACACAAAACUUUCAGACGUCAGAUAAAUUUGAUUGAAAGAAAAUGGGAAAGCUCAUUUUCAUAUAGGAAAUAGGGCAAAAUGG